AUGCUACGUAUCCUUCUGCUUUCGGGGGAGGAGCUGACAAGCGUUUCUCUCACGGAGGUGAGCGACGUGAAGGAAUUGAAGCAACGAUUGCAUCGGCAGCACGAUCUGCCACCACGCUUCAGGCAAAGACUUGUUCACCAACGCACCAUUUUGGGUGAUGCGGUCAAGUUGGACACCAUCAUAGCAUCGCAAGUUGUUGCUACGACAACUACCGAGGAACCCGAAAGGGAGCGCAGGGCCGUGAAGCGGCGGCGGAUUCGGAAGAAGCGGCCAUUGGAUCCGGAGGGUGGCUUGCCGCCGCCGUGCAACGAAAGGCUGCUCAAGGACUCUUCCAAACCAACCUUUGUGAUGGAUCUCCAGGUUUUGAUCCCGGCAUUCGUGGACGCUUCUGAGCACCGGCAAAGACAGCUAAUCACAGCCGUCGACUUCGGCCAUGUGAUCCAGGUGGAGGCAUUGCUGCAGCUUCCCAUGGACCCGAAUGCUGCCGUCCAUAAGCAUGUGGAUGGUUGCACUCGCAAGCCACUUGUGCUGGCAUCUGGCAAGGGCAACCUACAUGUCGCAAAGCUGCUCCUAGAGGCCCGCGCUGACGUGAAUUCGGCCGACGAUGUCGGGACAGCCUUGACGAGUGCAGCUUUCGGGGGUCAUGCUCCAGUGGUACGGUGGCUUUUAGAGGCUGGUGCUCAGAAGGACUUGCGUAACUCUUGGGGCCAAACGGCACUGCUGGAAGCCGUCACAAAGCCAGUCACACAAGAUGGUGAUGCACAAGUUGUGCAGUUACUGGUGAAGUCCCAUUGUCAGCUGAACUUGCGAAACUGUUGUGGCCGUACCGCACUGAUGGUUGCAGCAUCCCAAGGUCAUGCUCGAAACGUGCAUAUACUCCUGGAUGGUGGCGCUCAAAGGGAUUUGCGCGCCAAUGAUGGCUGCACGGCGCUGAUGUUGGCGGCAAUCAACUCCCACGAUCCAGUCGCAGAGUUGCUGCUGAAGGCCGGUGCUCGGAUAGACUUGCAGAACGAUGCCGGCCAGACUGCGCUGACGCUGGCAACGGAUGUGUCAGUGUCUUACAGUAUUCAGAAUGAGGAUUUCCGAAGAUUCUUCGAGAAGAGGCGCUCCGACGCGCAAAUAUUCUGCAAGAAAAGGAGGUCCAAUCCGAGAAAACUCUGGGAGACAUAA